AUGUCGAGGGUUAUGAGGAGUGUCAAGAAUGUUACCAAGGGGUACUCAAAUGUGCAGGUCAAAGUGCGCGAGGCAACCAGCAACGACCCAUGGGGACCGACGGGGACUCAGAUGAGCGAGAUCGCUCAACUGACAUUUAAUUCGUCAACCGAGUUCUAUGAAAUUAUGGACAUGAUAGAUAAACGCCUCAACGACAAGGGCAAGAACUGGCGCCAUGUGUUGAAGGCGCUCAAGGUCCUGGACUAUUGUCUUCACGAGGGCUCGGAGCUGGUGGUCACCUGGGGCAAACAGAACAUCUACAUCAUCAGGACGCUGCGCGAGUUUCAAUACAUCGACGAGGACGGCAGGGAUGUGGGCCAGAAUGUUCGAGUUGCCGCCAAAGAGCUUACUUCCUUGCUCAAUGAUGAGGAGAGACUUCGGGCCGAGCGCAGUGACCGGAGAUCAUGGAAGUCGCGCGUUACUGGACUGGAGGAGUACGCGCCACAUCAUCACCCGGAUUACCAUGGCGGGUCUUCAGGGCGAGGUGGUCACCGCGAGCGCCCGCGCCACAUGAACGACGAAGACGAUACCGAGUACAGACUCGCAAUCGAAGCAAGCAAGCACCAGGAGGAGGAGGACAGAAGGAAACGAGAAGGUAGGCAGGGCCACGAGUCGGACGACGACGACCUUGCCAAAGCCAUUAAGCUCAGCAAAGAAGAGGAAGAGCGUCGCCGAAGGGAACUCGAGGUAUCGGCGAACAACUCGUCCAUCUUUGAUGAAGAUCUCAUCCAGGUCAACCAGCAGCCACAGCCGACGGGAUUGAACCAAGGCUACACGCAAGGGAAUGCAGUCGACUUCUUUGCGAACCCCAUUGACCAGAACCAGAUGCAGGCCCAGCCGACAGGAUUCAUGAACAACGCAUACACGGGAUUCCAGCCCCAGCAGACUGGAUUUCCGAAUGGAUACUCGAACCAAGGUUUCGACCCCUAUGGCCAGCAGCAGAACAUGCAACAGCAGAACAUGCAGCCAUUUCAAGCUCAGCCUACGGGCUACAACCCAUAUGCCCAGCAACAGCAGCAACAGCAGCAGCCGCCGAUGCCGAUGCAGCAGUCAGAACCCCCUCUCCAAGCCGGGAGCAACAACCCUUGGGCCACAAACAAUAAGCCUGCCCAACAGCAGGUUCCCAUGCAGACUGGGUCCAACAACCCAUUCGCGGCAAAGCCUUCACCCUUCAAGGCGAACUCCAUGUCGACAAUGUCGACGCUUGGCAGCUUGCCUGAGCAAAAGACUCUUUCUUCCUUUAACAACAACAACCAAGCAUCGCCGUUCCAACUGCAACAGCAGAACUCUUUCCCCAAGCCCUCAUCAUUCCCAGCUUCGCCGCAGCAGCAGACACCGCAAAAGGAACUCAGCGAACAUGAGGCGCGGCUGAACCAGCUCCUAGCUAAUGGCGACGGCAUGGACACUUUUGGAAACGUUGGGCAAACCCGAAUCCCAGCUCAGCAUACCGCGCCUGGUACUUUUGUCAACAGUGCAGGUAUAGGCGCUGCUCGUCUCACAGCAGAUGCCACAGGCAACAACCCCUUCCUGCGAACGCAAUACACGGGAAUGCCAAACGUCACAUACGGCGGUCAGCAACAACAACAACCGCAGAUGCCUGCCGCAACAGGCCCAGCAGGCAUGGGCAUGGGUGCAAAUGGCUUUGGUGGUAUGGGGCAACAAAGCACGAACAACCCUUUUGCCCCACGGCAACAGCAGCAGAAUGGACAGGGUGAUUUGAUCCAAUUCUAA